AUGUCCGAGGUGAGGCCAACGGCGCCGUCAACAUUGUCGGGCCAAGCACUGGUUGCAAUCGAUAAAAUCGACACGAGCAAUACCGCGACAUUUGUGAAAUCAGUGAUCGGCGGAACAUCAUUUGUCACACUUCUAUUCGGAAUCCGAAGCGCCUGGAAGCACACGCGUCAGCCGGAAGCCGCUGAGCUCGCGCGCGCCCAACUUCUGUCGGGUGCCGCGUUCGCCGGCAAGGCGCUCGGCGUCGCCACCGUCAUCACCGUCUCGGGCUUCUCGCUGCUGAUCGUCGCCGCUUCGGCGAUCCUCCAGGUGAACACGCCGCGCCAAUUCGGCGCGGCGAUGAAAAACGCGUUCGGCGACUCGCUUCGACUACCACAGAGCGCCAAUUCGCUGACAUUCGAGAAGUUUUUGCGGAGUAUUGAAACGAAAACGGGUGUUGAAGGCGAAACAGCUGAAGGCGAACAGAAAAAAGACGAAUAG